AUGGCUUCAACAAAAGUAGCACGCUCGUCGACUUCCUCUGUUUCUACUAUUGAUGACGACUAUAUUGAAGGGUCAAUAGUUCGUGUAGCACUCACACACUUUGUGACGUACGAUUCAGUGGAGUUUCGUCCCGGGCCGAAUCUAAACAUGAUAAUUGGACCCAAUGGUACGGGCAAGAGUACUAUUGUGUGUGCUAUUGCUCUUGGACUUGGUGGACACCCUUCGGUACUUGGACGCGCACGAGAGAUCUCAGAUUUCGUGAAACAUGGCGAAGAUCGAGCCGAAAUAGAGAUUGAAUUGAAAUCCUCACCGAAUCUGAUUAUUAAAAGACAUAUUAAGAAGGAGAAUAAUGCUUCAACGUGGAGGGUUAAUGGCGAGAUUGUUACUCAGAAAGAAGUCUUGUCUCGUGUGGGGGCACUUAACAUACAAGUUAAUAAUCUUUGUCAAUUCUUACCACAAGACAAAGUCAGCGAAUUUGCACAGAUGAGUCCGCCAGAACUACUAGUGGAGACGCAGCGUGCAGUAGGUGAUGCACAAUUAGGUCUAUGGCAUGAAAGUUUAAAGAAGUUACGCAAUGAAGAGAAGGAUCUAGCACUGAGUGCCAAAGGGGAUAACGAGCAGGUGGAAAAUUUAGAGAAACGAAAUCAAGUAUUAGAAAGAGACGUAACGCGAUUUCGAGAGCGCGAGUCCAUAAUGCGACGGCGAGAGCUCGAUGCUCAAAUAUAUUCGCUCAAAGAGCGUCGUGAAAAGGUCGACGCGACGUUGCAGAGAUUAAAACGCGAAGACGAUACACUUCGUGCAGAGGAUGAGGAGCUGCGAAGAAAGAAGCAUCUACUAGUCGAAGAAAAAAGGCAAUUAAUGAAAGAGCGAACAGAUUAUGAGCGAGCGAAAGUCAAGCUUCAAACACGUCAGGAAACUUUAGAGUCCGAGAUGGCUCGUCCAAAUUACUUAACGCAAGCUGAAACCCAAUUUCGGACAGUUAUCCAGGAUUUUGGACGACGUCGUUGCAGAUUAGUAAAAGAUUAUCAAGCGGCCAUGCGGGAAAGCUUACGUUUAUUUAAGGAGAAGACGGGGGCAGCUUUCAAGCACAUGCAGGCACAGGCAGAAUUGGUGGCGCUUGCCAGACGUGUAGCAGAGAGAGAUGAUGCUUUGAGGGAAGCACGAGCUAAAUUCAAUGAUGCUGACCGCAAGUUUAACGUCGCCAAGGAUCGCGCAAGACAACUUCUAGAUGAAGCCAAAACGGGCACCGACAACCUAGACGAGAAAACUCGACAAGAGUUCCAAAACGUGGGACGGGAUAUGACGCUUGAAGAGCUUGAGGAUGAAUUAGUUAGCGAACGUGCAAAGGCAGAGUUGUACUUUUCGAUUUCUCCACAUAUCGUUCAACAAUAUAAUCAACGGAAAGCCGAGAUUGAUACGUUGAAAGAGAAACUUUCUAGCAAAGAAUCGCGCUUGGCGGAACUAUCAACUGAAAUGGCCGCAAUACGUAAUGAGUGGGAAUCAAAGUUAAACGAGAUUGUGAAGAAUAUAAGUUCAAAGUUCUCUGAGGCAUUCGAUAAGAUCGGAUGCGCAGGUGAGGUGCGCGUGAGCACACAUGAAGAUUAUGAUAAAUGGGGAAUUGACAUAUUAGUAAAAUUCAGAGAUCACGAGAAACUCCAAGUUUUGACCGGACAAAGACAAUCUGGAGGCGAACGUUCGGUAUCAACCAUUAUGUAUUUGAUGUCUCUACAAGAGCUCGCCAAGGCUCCAUUCCGAGUGGUCGAUGAAAUAAAUCAAGGAAUGGACCCCCGUAAUGAACGUAUGGUUCAUAGUCAGAUGGUGCAGGCCGCGUGCAGACCAAACACGUCACAGUACUUCUUAAUAACGCCCAAACUUCUUCCUGAUCUUGAUUAUGAUGAAAGAAUGAAAAUUCUAUGCAUCUACAAUGGAGAGUGGCUGCCCAAUAAGUUUGAUUGGCAGAAAUAUCUAAAUAAUAAGCAGCAAUCAGGGAAGGAAGCAAAAGGCAGGAAGAGGAAAGCGGAAACUGAAGAGUAA